AUGAAAGACCAGGAAAGACUCCGAGUUGUCGAACGCAAAAUUGUCCGAAGAAUUAUGGGAACAAUAAAAGAAGACGAAGGACUCAGGCUACUUAGAAACGUGGAAAUUCUGGGAGUGCUGAAUGGAGAAGAUAUUGUGCUGUUGUGGCAGGUUGCCCACAAAAAAAGCGUUGAUUACAUUCCAACAGCCUGUGCUGAAGAAGAAACAAUCACCGAAGAAGCAUCUAGAAGUGCAGGACCAGUACUGAAAGCUACCACAAUGAAAGCCGGAUCCAGUAAGGAGCCUUCUAAAAAAAAGGAAAACGAGGAUUAGUGGAAACCGAUGAAACACGAGAUUUAUCAAUAACAGAGCUCCAACGUAUCGUUUUACUUGAACAACUACAAGUGUUUCGGCUAGCUAAGGAACUGCUACUUGACAAGAAAAAUAUUAAUGAAUCUGAUCCAAAUUUAUCAACUUUAAAUGAAAGUGCAGAAACUGGAAAUCCAAUUUUCAUGAGCCUAUUUCCAGGGCAGAACUGACAGAAAUACU